AAACAGUCCCAUGAUAAAAAUUCGCACCGCAAAAGAAGAAAUCCUGCUCGAGGCGACGGAAAAAACCUAGCACAAAUAGCGGUCCUAGAGAGAGAGCGGGUGAAGGGAAGGGGGCAUACGCACCCCCGCGGAGUACGAAACGAUCAGGGUGGAGAGGGUGACGAGAGGCAGCGCGUACGCGUGCGGAUUACUACGUGCGCGGGGGCGUAAUGGUGGGGGAGGGAGGAAGGACGCGCCGCGUCAGUUCAACGCGAGCAACGGACGAGUGCGGGUCGCGCGCGCGCGCGUUCGUGCGUGCGAUUCACCGUCGCGAUUUUGCGUCAGUGGGUGUAAUCGACGUACGUCGACGUCGUCGUGUGGCUGUCAUCGACGUCGACGACGACGACGACGACGACGACGACGCCGCCGCGACGUGUUCGCACGUCCGACACCGUGAUCGCUCGGACCGUCCCUCUCGCGACACCGAAGAGACUCCGUGUCGCCGAUAAUCGCGAGUGGUAAUCGUCGUCGCCGGGCGCCUCGCAUUACGCGACACCAUCGCGAAGCGUCUCGCCCCGCGCGAUGUUCGCGCGAGUGCCGCGAACUUAGCCGCGUAUCAUACGCAAUUACGCGCGCCGCGACGCGACGCGACGCGGGAAAAACCGGAUGCGCGUGCUGACAAGGAGCGGGGGUGUCGACGCGGGAUGAGCGCGAGAGAAGUUACCCUCUUUGGCGGGUCCCCCUGGGGCUUCCGCAUGCACGGUGGUUGUGACACGCAUCAACCCCUGCGCAUCUCCAGGGUGAAUCCGGGAAGCAAGGCAGCCCAGCAGGGGGUGAGGGAAGGUGAUCUGAUCAGCAAUAUCAAUGGAAAGAGCACUCGAGAUCUGACCAACAGCGAGGCACACGCUCUGGUACGUAAUUCUGGGGAACAAUUAAAACUCGGUCUUAAUCAAGAAAAUAUCGGCUCGCCGAAAAGAAGGAUCUACAGGAGCAGUUUGCAGGAGAACACCACUGAAAUUCAGAAUAAGAUCACCACAAGGACCACGACAACGUGCCGUCGGACGGAAACGGAGAGGAACGUUGCCAAUGACACAAAAGUCGAGCAGAGCUACGCCAAUCAGAACGGUGCUCUGAAGAGCUGCCCGAGCGAACAACGAAGCGACGUAAAGAAAGGACACCGCGAGCUCCCGGAUUACGCAACCGACGCGGAGGAUUGCGUCGUGAUGCCGCAGGGCAGCGCGCGCAACCGCAACCGCGGCCGCAGGAAUCGGAACCGUCGGCGACCUCCUCAGCCACCACCGACGAACGUCCCAGAAUCCUCGCGAAAGACCGAACAGAGGAAGCCCGAGGAAGAGAACCGUCCGAGAAUUUCGAGGAACGAACGCGACGUCGGCAACGACGACGACGAUGACGACUCGAGAACGAACGACCCGAAAAAUUUUAUUUCGCGGAACGUCGACUCGAUCGAAGACAAGGAUCACCGUGGAUCCUUCUCGAAGCGCGAAUGCAAAUUCCGACCGGAUGAUAAACGCAGGAUCGAGAAAAUCGAGCUGGCGAACUCUCGCCCCAGGAUAAUCGAGAUCACGACCGUCAGCAGUUUGCCUCUGGAGGCGACGCUUGGCCAUAUCGCCGGGGUGGGCAUCCUGGAGACCGGAAGCGACAAGACGUCGAAGAUGUCGACGGUAGUGACGGUAUCGGAACCGAUGGAAUCGAUACAGACACUUACUGGUGAUGCGAGCACCAGAGUCUCGCGGGCGAAUGGGAAUCAAUUGGAGAUCCGAGAAGUCAGCGACAGCGACGUGGAGAUCGACUGCGGCUCGGCGAUCGUCGAAUUCGAAUCCGACGCGGAGAAGGAAUCGAUCGAGAAGCAGGAUUCCGACGAUCACGAGGUAUCUAAGCCGAGAGAUCGAAUCGGGCAGCAAUUCGCGCCGCAGAAGAAGUUCGCCAGGCCGGAAAUGGAAUCUCCGACCUUGAUGUGGGCGACAGUGAUGCCCAAGGAGGUGGAGAGGAAGCUGCGGAACUUCAUCGAGGACCUUCAAUUGCCGAGUUUCUCCGAGGAGGUGGUCGAGGACGAGGGGAAGUCUCUCGAGAAGGUCCCCCCUCGGGAUGUCGCGGCGGAGGAAAGCCGGUCUUUCGAGAAGGCAGCCAGCUCGCCGCGCCGGAAAACGAGGAAGCGCACGAUGUCGGCGUCGCAUUACGCCAGCAGCUUUCUAGACAUCAUACAGGAGGAGGGCGAGAGACUGUCGGAGGACGAGGCGCAGCACAUCAGAGAUUUCAUAAACGAGGAGAUCAGCAAGUAUCGGCGAGAAGACAGGCGUUCCGUCGAGAGGACGGUGGAUGACAUCGAGGCGAGAAGGCUUGAUCUCGAGAAGAUUGAACCGGCUUUCGAAAAGCCGGAAUGCGAUAUUAAGAUUAGAAUCGCCGAUAUGACGGGGAAUGACACUUUGGAAUUACGUUCGCGCGACAAGAUGAAUAAUUGCGGAGAGCUUGAAGAUGCUACGAAUCCCGAAAGCGAAAUGGUAAAAGACGCCGAUGGUGUGGCCGAAACGAUUAACGAAAAAGUAGACUCGAAAAGCAGCACGUUAAAUGAUGAAUCCUUGAAAAUUCAGAACUAUAAUAAAGGCGGAGAAGUAAAGCGGAGGUUAAUAAAUUUUCGUGUCAUCAAGUCGCGACACCUGCGGAAUCGGCAAACCGCGACGUCCGCGAAAGAUUCCGUCGAGAUGGCCGCGAUCGUUAAUCACAGCGGUGGCGCAUCGCGAGCGGAGGACGGCGUUGAUUCAUCCUCGAAAUCGUCGCCGAACGACGACGAGAUCGUCGCGUCGGAAACGAAGCGACCGCCGCCGCCGCCGCCGCCGCCGCCGCCGCCGCCGCCUCUACCGAGGCGGUCGUCCAGUUUCGGAACCCGCGAGUCUCAGAGACCGCCGACGCUACCUGAAAUAGACUAUAUCUCGAGUGGCGUGAACGCUCAUCAGCCGUCCGUUGCGGCGAACGCGGGCGACGAAUGCGGGUCGACGAAUUUAUCCGCGCGGAAGUGCGCGAGUCGCGAGGCGACGGACGACGACGACGACGAGCUGCCGCGACGGCCGGAGCUUCCCGGAACUCGCGACGGCCUCUCCACGUCGAGGACCGCCGAUCGGGCGAAUCACCGCGAGGACUUUUCGCGCCCGCGCGAUCUCACCUCGACGAUCGUUCGCGCUAAUGAGAUUCAUGGGCGUGUAAAUCGGGUCGGACACGUCGACGAGGCUUCGACCGAGGACGGUCGAUCGGUCGCGUCAUCGGAUAUUCGCGACGAUGAUCUGUCACGCUCGCGCGGCACGCACGGCAUCGCGUUGGCAAACGCGACGGGCACGGAAAUAACGCGUCGCGAGGAAGGGAAGCCCGUGACGGCCGCUGCGACGACGGCGUAUGAGCGAAACACGUCGUCGUGCCGGCAGAAGGGUGAAGCCGAGGUGCGCAGGUAUUCCUCGGAUCAAGACGCAAAUUCGAAAAGCCGGAGUUCCACGGCGGAUCACAAAUCAUCGAGGAACGAUAAAUCAGAUACGCGCACGGAUUCCUCGGCGAAGGACAAGUCGGCGAUGGGCUCCUCGGGCUCCAAGAGGAAGAGAAAACCCGAGGGGGAGGAGAAAUCGACGUCCGGUUUCCGGCGCGAGCGAAUAGUGAAGAGCGAGACGAGAAUAAUCGAACGGCGCGAGGAGAGCACCAGCGCUAACCAACACGAUGGCCUUCGUAAUUCCAAAUAUUCGACGUGGGAGUCGAAGCGCGAGGAGAGGCACGAGGAGAAGCACGAAGAAGAAACGCGCAGCUCCUCCCGAGAGAGCGACGCGAGGAAUUCGUCCGACGACGAGGCCAGCUUUCAAAGGGCGGACGUCCCGACGAGUGAAAAUCUCUCGCCUGAGGGCGAGCCGGGCGACCCUCAAGGACACGACUCGUCCAGCAGUACCACGUCCCUGAGUACCGUGAAACAUCAUCCGCUGGAAGCGUCAUUAACCGACAUUAGCUCGAUUGUCCGCGAGACCAAAGAGGAGAGUUCAAAAGACGAAGCGGAGGAGUCUCUGAAGCGGAAGCUCACCUUGUUGAAGAGUGCCGGAGGAUCUGCAAACGAAACGACCCUGGCAGAGAGCUCGGAAUCGCCGCAGCCGGUUCCUUACUCUCCCGUGGAGGAUCUUUAUGUAUCACUGAACAAAAGCAGAACCGAAAAAACGAGCGAGAAAACCACGAAGGACGUGUCACGACAACCGCCCUCUCUAAGAGAUCUCUGCAUCAAGAGGAUUCUGUCGAUGCCGUACGGACCGCAGGUGAUAGGCGAGAUCACCACGCCCAAGUUCAACAUCUUCGAGAGUCUGCGGACUUUACAGAGGUUUGUGCGUGACAUACCGCCGGCGAGCGGCCGAUUAAGCUCGAUGCAUGGAGUGAGUGAUCGACGGCACGGACUAACGAAAACGCCGGACGAGCGCGAGCAGCCUCAUCCUAACGACAUUGCGAACGCUGUUUCAGACCAGGCCAAGUUGGCAGGGAACGUUAAUACUGAGUUGUCAGAGUCAAGGGACAAGAUGGAGAACCAGGAACCGCGUUGGCGCGCGCUCACCACUUCGGAGGACCCCAGGCUCCUGGUGUGCCUGUCACCGUCACAACAGGCCACGCAGGUGCGUACGAGUGCCGACGCUCUGUUGGACCUUCACCGAAAGUUUCUGAACCGAUACAGUUACCGCGAGGAACAGCCAUAUCACGUUCCUGUGCCACAGUACCGGGUAGAAAUACGUCCGACGACCAAACAGAUCGAUGACGCAGCCUCGAAAACAUCCAAGCCGCCCACUCGAGCGACUCAUCAAGACGGUACGAUUGAAAAUUCUAGCAGCAGACUGCUGGAAAUCAUCAAAGAGGAGCGAAACGUUAUUCAAAAUAAUACGCAUGUGGAUCGUCAGGCAAAGAUGAUAAUCAACGAUGCCACGGAUGACUAUCUCGGGCGUCACAAGGGUCAAGAACGCUUCAAGGCUGAGCCUCGGUCGAACGAGUGGACGAGUCUAGUUAGACGCGAUCGUCGAAGCGCCACCGCGAACGAGCUAUUCCUGGCAGCGGCGAGGGGCGAGGAUGGCGAGUCGAGCGAUGAUAAGCCGAACGGUCACGUGGCCCAGACCGAUCGGCUUAAGAUUGCGACACGUUCCGCCGGCCAGGCUGAACAUCGAUCGCCGAACAACAACGCGGCGAUAGCUCGCGAUCCGGAGAGACCGUUCGCGAGUAACGUUAAGUGCCCGUUCGUGCUGAACGGUGCCGUUACCGAUCGAUCGAUGGACGCCGCCGACAAGAGAACGCCACCCCUCAGGAGGGCGGUCGAUCCUGGCAAGCACGUGAAUCCGGCAUUGAUCGACGACAGAGUCGAGGUACCGCCGUUACCGAAACGCGCGGUCACGGUCGACAGAUCGUGCAUCGACACGACGAGCAUCUUCGACCAGAAUCCGCCGAGGAGUCAUCUGGAGCCGCGAAGGGGUCACCACGAAGCGGAGAAGCUGAAGCACGUGGCCGCGGUGGAGAUCAUGGAUAAGCUGAAAGAGCUGCAGACGGAAACGUCGCGACGGCUCGACGGCGAUAGGAGGGACUCCUUGCCGCAGGAGUACUUUGCCCAGCAACUGAGAUACAUCGAGCUGCUGGAGGAGCAGCUGAAGAACGUAAUAUUGGCGGAAGAGGAGGAGAGGAGGGCUUACGAGGAAUUUCAGACGCAUUUUCAACGGACGAAACGGUGCGACGAAACGGGAAGAUCCCCUCUCGCCGAUAUCCCCGAAGAAACUUCGAGGAGAACUGGCAUAAAUCUCGAACGUGAAAUUCCGAUCGAGAUGACAGACGGAAAAUGUGCGGAAGAUAAGGGAGUUGAAUCUCGAGGCCUGGAGGAGAGCCGCGUCAAAGAGAUCUGUCGAAGCGAGCCAGGAAUUCAGAGAGAAUCCUGGCAGGAAAAAUCGCGGAGUGUGGAGAAGGAUCGCACGGAGACGAUCGAUAAGACCGGCAGUCGGCAGUUCUUGAAGAAGAUAUGUCACGAGAACGGGCAUCACGAGGAGGAAUCUACGGAGAGUAUAAAGCACGAGGAACGCCGCGUGAUUACGCAGAAAGGAAACCUUGGAAGAACGGUAGAGAACGGAACGUUCAAGUCUAGCGAGGUUAAGGAAAGCCGAUCGACGAAGAGAAACGAUACCGAAGAGGGGCCCAUCAAGAAGACGACUCAGAAGAAGAACGUGGAGGUGAAGAGACCGACAACGUUGCCGACGAACGGGGAGGCAUUUCGCCAGAGGAUGUACGACGAGUACGUGCACAAGGUGUUGGAGCGGCAGGAACGGAAGAGUCAUAAGGUCGUGAAGAUCAGCUCGCAUGAGGAUAUCAAGCGUAAGGCGGACGGCGACAUGAGCGCGAUGGCGAAGGAGUUCAUCGAGAAAGCCCGCAGCCGACUGAGCAAAUUCGGCAUCGACCUCGACGAGAGCGGGACGGAGCACGAGGACGAGGGGGAGGGCGACGCUCUGAUCAACGCGAAAUUCCUGAUCGACGGCAAGGAGCUCCAGGACGCGCGGAAGCUGCCGAAACACCUGCGGGAGUUCCUGAAGAUCUCGACGAUGAGCGACGACGAGGGCGGCGUUUGGUCGCCAGGACAAACGCCAGCUGGGAAGGCACCGAGUCCCGAUCGAACCAAAGAGCCACAGAAGAACGAGCCGAUCCCGUCGGUCUGGACCCCCGCCAGCGCCGGCGCGAGCCCCGUCGCCGAGAAGAAGGAAUUUCGUCCCGUGCUGUUCGAGAGUCCUGUGCUGAGCCGGAAGAGGCAGCCAAAGGAAGAGGAGGCGCCUCCACCUUGGGAACGCGAGGAGAGGAAGGAGGGCGGCAUCUCGCGAAUUGUAAAUUCGCAUUCGGCCCCCUCUCAAGGGUUGAACGCUCUCGCGUCCACCCCGCGCUUGCCACGUGCCCAGAAUCCGACUAUCACGCUGCUGCAGAAAGCACGAGAGGGACAAUUGCCGAAAGGCGCGGCUUACUUGGAGAGCGAAUCCGCCGAAAAUCGAUCGUUGAACGACGAAAGACCGCUAAUCUCUCCGGGAGAAAUAAUCUACACGGUGAAGAAGGAAUAUGAGAGUGAGCCGGAAACGGAGAAUGAACGGCCGAAGAAGAUGGCCGAUCUGGGCCCUCGAAAGUUCGAGGGGAUCGGCCCGACGACUAAGGAGGGUAUCCCUCUCGUGUUGAGAUCGUUGAACGUUAUUUGGUUACCGGUGGAUUUUUUUUUUCUUUUUAUGCUGGAACUAAAUGCGAGGCCGGAUAGGAACCGCGUUUGCAAACAAAACGCGAAAAAACGAAACACUCUUGUUUCAGGAGGGAGAUAUGGAUACGGAAGCGGCAGCGGAUAUUUGAGUGAACCGGAACCGCGCGCAUACUCGGAUCGAUCGGUUACUCUCGAUAGCCGUCGACGGCUGCGCAACAAAGAAAAUGACUUCACCACGGCGACUAUGCCCAGAAAGAACGGGGCGCUGAAGUACUCGACGGAGAUUUAUAAAAAUCAGCCUGGUCGCAUCGAGGAUUAUGAACCGGGGCGCUCGUCGAUCGCCGAGAAGGAAGCUAAAGAGCCGACUUACGACGCGCGGACGAGAAGGAAGUGGUGGGACGAGGUCAUGGACAUAUUUGACGGGUGGCUGAACGAAAACGGACAUCCUCAGCAUGCCAGGAUGGAGUCUCUGGACGAUGGCGUCCGGCAGUCCCGUGUCCUCAGUCUCUCUUACCGGCCGGAGGACAGUCCCUUCGAUCAGCGCAGCAACGCACGUGCCGCGGCCAAGCCGUACAUGACUCAUGCUCUCAAGGAGUCGGGCUACGAGAGCGACUCGACCCUGGUGUUUCGCCGUAGAGAAGAUAUCAGUCCGCUCAGUCUUCUGGAGCAGAGAUUGGCAUACAAAACGGUGCAGAGCGGUGGCGACGUGCCCCUCCAUGGGCUUCGCAAGCCGGCCCCAGAACGUCCCAAGGACGACUCGGAGAUCGAGUAUUUCCCGAUCUCGCCGACUCUGACGAGGAUCCGCGUGCAUCGGAGAAGCGCCUCGUGCACGUCGACGAUCACCUCGUCCACGAAGACAACGGCAUUCGCAACGCGGCACGAAUGGUCGAUACUGUCCGCGACUGACUCGAGAUCGCCGCCGCUGCCGCCGCCGCCGGUCAUGAGAGCACCUCCUCACGGUCUCUCGUCGUCCGGUAGAGCCCUCCCGCAAGCUAUGUCGGCGCCGAGGCCGCCCUCGCCGCCCCGAAGAAAGUCUUCGCGCCACAGCAGAACCUUGAAACUAUACUCGGAGAGUACGCGAUUGAUCGAUAGCUCGUACGCCGCGUAUUUGAAACCCAGGCACGAACAGUGCUUCGCGCAUACCGACGGCGCGUCGAGCAUCAGGUCGCUGAGGGAGAGGUUCUGCAGCAACCUCGAGCGUCAUCGGCGAAGUCGCGAGCAGUUUCACAGCGCGAUCGUGCGCACGUCUUCCAGCAGCCCGGUCGCCUCGAAGACCGCUAAGGUGUCCGCUUUGUUCUCCAACACUUUCGGUAAGAGAAGGUCGGAUCCCUGUCUGUCGCAGCCUCAGUUCGAGGCAAAAAAGUUGAACUUGCCGUCGAGCGAGGCGAGGAGUCACGUUUGUUCCUCGACGUCAAGGAGUACGCGUGAACCUUCGACAAAGGUUGAUAAACUCACGACGGUGAAGGUGCCAUCUAAACACGCAAUUUCCGUUAAAGAAGGACAAAAAUCUCCAGAGAAAGGUCAAAGUACGACGAGAGUAGAGAGUCCGUCGACUGCGAAGAGGGAGAAGCUUCGUCUCACGAAGAAAGAGCAAGAGCAAUCCUGCAGGAGGUUGAGCAGAUCACAGGAACUUUCUUCAUCGGUAGAGGUCAGAAAAGCUCUGCAGAAGCGCAAAGAGAGAGAAACGAGAGACCUGCAGCCCAGACUUUUGCCAGCAAGUAAACAGAAACGUCCAGUAGACAAAUCUGUCAAAGUUGCUGUGGUGGUUUCGCCUAAAGAAUUAUUGCGAAAAACUUCUGAACAGUCUCCGAGGCGGACAUCGAGCGUUCAGUUAAAGUCUCCUGCGAAAAGCACGCCGUUACGGAUUGUUAAAACGGAACCAAAGAAGACGAAAAUUAUCGUAAAGCCAUCGGAGAAAUUAAUCGUUAGCAAAGAAUCCUUGCGUUCGGUGUCUUCGUCCUGCUCUGAAGUGCCUAGCGACGUAAACAAGAGAAAGCGACCUCGCGAGAAACCGCAGACGAUUGUCAAGACUCCGACGAAGAAACCGGAAACGAUACGGGUAACUACGAACGGCGACAGGAAAAAGAUGGACGCGAAGAGGAAAGCACGAAGAGGCAAGAGCGGCGAUGAAGCUGACGCGAGCAAGGCAUUGAAUGGUUGGAGGGAGAUGGCCGAGAAGGAUGAAAUCAAAUUGUUGAGGAGAGUAGAGAAGGCAGUGCCAAGUGUUAGGCAGGAUCUCUCCAAGACUGCGUCCUUGACCGUGGAGCAAAUCAAGAGGCAUCAAGAAGCGACGCGUACGGACACCUUCUUCCAGAAUCUUUUUCUGCGAAACGAUCCGUCGCUCGGGCAACUUCACGAGGAAGACACGAAGAAGUCUCUCGUCGGCGAGCGGGCGAGAAUGUUCCAGAAUGUCGCGAGAGAUAGCUUCAAGUCGGAACCAUCCCUGAAGUCCUUGAGCGUAUACCUGGCGCACAAGCGACCGGUUUCGAAUUCGAAGUUCAAGAACUGGGAGCGCGAAAGCGUUGUUUCGUCCAGGAGUUCAAGCCCAUAUGGAAUCUGCUGGCCUGGCCGUUCUGUUUUUCAGAAGGUAGGCAAAUUCGACAGCUUGCUGGGCAUUGAUGAGUUUGGCUCAUCCACCACGUUGCACGAUCGCAGUCUGGAAUCUAUACCGCGGGAACAUGUGAAGGAGCGAAGUCUAAGCGAGCCGCCAUUGAAGACUUUGCCGGAAUCAAAAGAAUCUUCUCCGAGAUCCUCUUCACCGUCUCCGACGAGAUCACAGACGUCUCGACGGACUCACGUCUCCAAGCAAGACUCGGAUGCUCCACUAACAAUUACAAAAAAGGUGAGAGCCAGAAGCGCCGGUGAAGCGGAGGACGUCAAGAGGGCGGAUUCGAGUUUGUCCUUGACGAAGAGCACAGGAUCCUUAUCGUCCAUGGAUCGUGAGGAUUAUCAGCAAUACAUCCUCGAAUUGUUGCAUCACAGACGCAAAUCCACACGGUACAAAGACCUGCGUGACUUUUACACGAAUCUUAGUAGAAUGGACCAGUUGGAGCGUACUUUCUCGUCUGGAGAUUUACGACCGCGAUUGAAAAACGAAGAGAUUAUCGAUUAUGAUCGUUGGAAACAAAUUAGAUCGAAGGAGAAGGCGGAACAGGAACUGAAGGCGCUCUACGGGAAGCUGAAGAGUGUCCAACGUGAUAAAGAUUUCCUCUUCAGCGCGAAAGACGUUGAUAAAUUUAGAUGGCACGGCGACUGCGGAUUGCGCUGCAAGGAACGCUCCGUGGAGGAUAUUCUGCAAUAUUUUCGGAGACUCCAGAGCGAGGGAAGUGAAUUAGAAUCUUCUAAAAGAAGAGAUGUCUCGCAGAAGGACACUUAUAAACCUCUCUGGCGCGGCAAUUCGGUGGUGAACGUGGCGACUACGAUGCAGAAGAAGGCGAAUGCUAAUUUUCGGGAUGUUGACAGAUCCACCGAUUACCAUCCGUUCCUGCAGAAAAGCCUCGGCGGCAGUAAGAAAUUCUGGAGUAGUCUGUCCAUGGAGCAAGUGACUAACCUGAAGAAGCAGCUGAACGAGAUCUACGGCAGUGACAGUUCUCAGAGACGAACGAACGGCGAUAUCGUCGAUGCACCUUGCGAAAUCGGCGAGUGUCAGCGGUCUGUUAAGAAAGACGAAACUUUGACGAGCUACGAAAUCAUCGUGCCGCCCGAGGGCGAGUUCAAGGAUCACUCUCAAGACGAUUCGAAGAGUCUCCAUGUGCGAUGCCAUUCGAUGAUAACGACAAAUGAGUCGAAGGAACAGGGCGACGUGACUCACGCCGAGGGCACCCUGAAGAAGAGCGACUCUAUCGGUCGUUUGAAGAGCAUCGAGAGAUCCGAGAAAUCCGACAAAUCGGUCUCGCCGUCGAUGUCGGAGCUGGAGAAGAAGAGACUGUCGUUGACUCUCGGCAAAGAAGUACUGGAUAGAAUGACGUGGAGAAGCCCAUCCGCGCCUUUGGCACCUCGUGAGACGCGCGGUAGCAUCGCUGCCGCUUUAGCGGCCAUGAAGAUGCCGGCGAAACCAUCCGCGAAGAGCAGCACAAAGCCAAUUUGCGCACCCGACACCCCCAGCGUGGCCAGCACCUCUCCCAGAACCUGCUACUCUCUUGAAGCGCCAUACACCGAAGACACGACCAAAUCCAAAGACAAGAGUGACUUCCUGCUGGUGUUGACGCCCAACAAUGAGAGCCCUAGUGACAAGCAACGCGUAGAGACCGUACUCGAAGAGUGGUCCAAGAAACCGCCCUUGUUGGCCAUGGCAGUGCCGCCUGAUAAAGUAAAAUCAAACAGUAAAGUCGCCUCGGGCAGCGACGCGGACAGCUUGACGGAAAGCUCGGAGACUUCGGUGAGGACGGUGAUCCAGCGGGGAGGUGGUCCCGAGACGGAAGACAUAUCGCGAAAGAUCGAGUUCUUCGAGAACGUGGAGAAGAGAGGGGAACAGCAGAGAGAGAUCGUGCCGGCGACAUCGAAACUGCCAUCGUCGCAGAGCUUUGCUGAUCUGAAGGAGCUCUUCGGCGAGACCGAGUCGGCCAAAUACAGUUCGCUGGGUAACGCCGCCGGCCGGCUCGAUCGAUCGCGAUCGACGUCGCCGCGAGAGCGGAAGAUCGACGGCGGCCCGCUGCCGGAAGUGACGGGCGCGCGACAACAACGACGGCCGUUCCGCUCCUGUUCACGGGAGCGUGAACACGACGCUGCGAGGCCGCGCAGCGUCAGUCCGUGUCGCGCGACCACGCGAUCGAACUCGUCCUGCAGCGUGGACAGCGGCGGCGUUGGCGGUGAUUGGCCGCGCAGUUCGUCGCCGGAUCCCGAGAGGUACUGGCGCGCCUACCUCAACCUGGUGCGGAACGGCACGGUGCACAGGCUGCGCGCGAGAUUCGAGAGCGCCGAGGACCUGCCGUGUCGCGUCAGGAUCGCGGCCGCGCCGAAGCGCUUUCGCAGCGACCCGGAACUGGCGCGGAGCCUGUUGAAGAGGGCGAGCGAGGAGGAUGACCACCGCGGCGGUCCUGCCCUGAAGCCGCACGAGCACGUCGACGUCGCGUGGUUGCGUAGGAGAUUCGAGACGACGAAGAGAGGCCGGCCGCGAAUAGGACGCAGGGGCAACUCGCCGCCGAUCCCGCGGGUGCCGCUGCGGUGGGAGAACCUCUCGAUGCCGCACAUCGACGUCAUCAGCAAGACGGCCGGACUGAAGGAACCCCAGGCUGCCAGCACCAUCACCAAUCACGUGGCUAGGCGAGCGGAGACCAAGGAACUCGAGGAGAAGAAACCAGUUUGCCGAAUGAGGAAGAGAUUCGAGUCCCCGGAGGGGGUUGGUAGCGGCCGAACCUCCCUAAUGGGCGAGAUGUUCACGUCGGCGCCGGAUGUACGCGAGCUUCGCGACAUCGCGCCUUAUCUGGCUGGAAAAUGGGUGGCGCACCGAUAUCCCAAUCGUCGCGAUAACAUGCGCUCGUUGUCAUCGCCAGCCGAUCUCAGGAUCCACCGGGGCGCCUCAAAGACGCGUGCCUCCUUGUCGACCGACAAGAAGAAAUCGGACCGACCGGAACGACCGCGCGCCGCCUCCUCGUCGCCGACUCGGCCGCGAACGACUCCCGCGUCGAUUCUCAAACCGUCGCAGCAGACCAUCUUCGCCGGGCAACCCUUCGACCCCGACAAGCAUAGACCGAGGUUUAGGUAUCAACCACCGCCUCCACCGCCUUCGCCCACCGCCGUGCGAAAGCAUAGAACUUGGUGGCCGACCUUGCCGGUCUACAUGGCGCGACCGACCGUCACCUUCGAAGAAUACUCGAAUGCACCCCCGCCGCCGCCAAAAUCCCAGCACUGCAGGGACGAUCGCCAAGGUAAUGCCGAGCUCAUCAUUACAAAGCUCAUCAUUAUUAUAUUUAUUUUUUGUCUUCUGUACGCAUCUGUUCCGUAUGCAUUUAUGCGCGUGUCGCAGUCUGGCCGUCCUACCGGAUGUUUCAUAACAUCUGGCACUGGCCUGCGUGAAAUACUAAACGUAUUAACCAACCAAACGAUUCUAAACAUGGUGGUGAACGAGGUGGGAACUGGGGCGACAUUGCCGCGGGUCGCGGACCUGGAGCACAGUGUACAGUGGACCAGUUUGGCGAACGACAUCGACGACCUGGUGAAGCUCCGCCGUCCGGACAGAUCGGCGGUAGUUCGACGCGACAAACGAGACGGAAGGACCGACAGACACGCUUACCAGCGGGUCUCCAUGCCGGAGAUGCAGCGGACGUGCACGGUGCAUUUCGAGGAUGAUUGCGACACGCUCUUGCGGAGAGACCGUCUCUCCCCGGAGAACUCCCGGUGGAGCUGGAAGCCGCGGACGGACUUCGAGAGGGAGUACUUUUACAAGGAUUACAAGGACUAUUACCGCGGCGAUCCGGGAAAGUGCCUCGAGUCCGUCUCGCACGAGACAGCCCCGAGGGAUCGGGGUUGCUCGCGGGAGACGCGACAUCCUUCUUCCAGGAGUCCUGCCGCGCGCGGAUCGUCAGCGGCGCGAUAUCCCGAGGGACUCGAGAAGGAGCACUUCAGCGACAGCAGGGAGCGGCUGCACGAGAUCUUCGAGCACAACCGGUAUCUCCGCCGACAGUUCUUCGCCGACAUGCCGGGGAAGCAGGACUCCUGCAGCGGUUUCGCCGGGAACGCUUCCGAGAGGCGCGGCCAGGGAGCGCCGAGGCGCUGCGCCGGCUUCGGUAGCACCGAGACCCUCACCAGCCAGAGCAAUCAAUCAUCCGUGAGCAGUAUAAACGAUCGGAAGUCCCGGGCGCAGACGACACGCAGCCCGGAGGAGGAGGAGGAGGAGGAGGAGGAGAUGGACACGUUAACCGAGUUCGCCGGGAGGGACUUGUCUCGAAUCGUCAAUCGCAAGAGCGGCGGUCGCGCUCGAAGGGACGGCAGAGUGCUCGUCAACAUUCUACCCGGAAGCGAGAUAAGACGAGUCGAUGUGAGGAACGUAUCGUCGUCGGUCAAGCUCGAUGAGGCGAGUAAUGAACGCAGCGAGGGCUCGCCGAUCGUCGAGGAGGCUCGAUUUCGGGACGCGGCGUGCGCCAAGAGAACGCACGAUAAAUCAUGUCAGUGCCGCAUCGAGGAGGACGAGAUCGAUCUCGACGCGUCGCGCCGAGGGAAGAACCUUCCGGAAUACAUUUUUGGCGGAGCCGCGAAGAUCGAUUUCGAGAGUCGAGAGGAAGGCGGGGAUUCGUCGGGCGGAAGCGGACAUCGUGACGCGAGCAACGUGAACGAUCGGCUGUCGUGGGAUGAUAAGCCCGAACGGGAAUGGAAUCGACUUUCGCAAAACGAGACCCGAAUGAUCUGCGAUUAUCGCGGACGAUCGGAUUCCGUUUCGGCGAAGAUCAAUGAGAUAAGCGCGUCGAGGAGCAACGACGGCGUCUGCUGGGAUCUCUGUAGAUCCUUGCCGAAUCUGACUAUCCUGAAGCGGAACCUCGAUGCUCCUCUCUACGUAGCCCGGGCGGUCAACGUUCCCGAAGGACUCGAGUCUCUCGAAUCCCCGGAUGCUCGUGUCGUAAGAUCGAGAAAUCGCUUCGAGCAACGAUCGGGACAGCGCGAGGAGAUCGAAGAUCAGACACGCUCGAUCGAGCGCGGACAAUCGAUAUCCAAAUUGACGACGGAUGUGUCGGUCCCGCCCAAACAUCUGACCCCCCCGAGACGGGGGGUCAAGGCGACGAGAAUCCCUCCUCCUCCCUUAGACCUGAGCACGGUGAACGAGCGGUGCGAGCGCAUGGAGGCGGACGAGAGGAGAUAUCUGAACGAUUACAGCGUCGACGUGGCGAUCCUACGCAACCACGAAGAUCACGUGGAAGAUUUGCUGAGUCCUGUUGAGAGCAGACGAGCCGUUAACGACGUUGUCAAAGAUGACAUCCUGUCGAGGAUCGCGAAUGGAAGGAACGAUCAGCCGCUCGGAAGAGACGCCGAUAAGAGACGGAGAUCGUCGGGAGUCCCGGGGUAUAAAUCUUGCGGCAAUUUCUCGUUGGCCGAGGACUUGCAGUCGCCGCAGCUCGUCAACAAUUGCAAGAGCUCUACGAGCGAUCUACGAAAAAUAGAUCCCGCAUCGAUACUUCCGAUUGACCCUGAUGCCUGUCGCCGUGACCGAGCCACCAGCAGCCCUUUGUUCGAUCAAACGAGUCCGAUUGGCGGACUUCACGCCGCCGGAAGCGCGCUUCCGUCUACGGUCUACGGACCGAUUCCGUACAGUUUGCUCGGAGCAAACAGAAGGGACAAUCCCGAUUCGAAGGGAAGCCACGUUCCAUCUCCUCGACAAUACUCCAACGAUUCCAGACCCUCGCAGAAGUCGCCCAUACCCCUGAACCGCUACGACGAUUUCGUGGACGAUUUGAGCCAGCGCAGUCGAUCUCAAGAUCAAACACCGGAGCCGCGUCUGGUGGCGAGAGCGCUCUACAAUUUCGUCGGCCAGUCGUCCCGGGAAUUGACUUUCCGCCGCGGCGACCUUAUAUUCGUUCGGCGACAGGUGGACAAGAAUUGGUACGAGGGAGAGUACAACGCGAUGAUUGGAUUGUUCCCGUCUAACUAUGUCGAGAUCCUACCGUACGACGGUACGAUGCGAACGACACCGAAGAAGGCUCAUGAGGGACAGGCACGGGCCAAGUUCAACUUUGUCGCCCAGACCAAUCUCGAGUUGUCCUUGGCGAAAGGCGAAUUGGUGGUUUUGACGAGGAGGGUCGACGAAAAUUGGUACGAAGGCCGUAUUGGAAACCGAAAAGGGAUCUUCCCGAUUUCCUACGUUGAGGUCAUCACCGAACCCGGACUUCGAUCAGAGACACCGAUUCAGAAUAAACCGGUCGCGUCUCCGGCGGCGCACAGUCUCUUAGCGAAUGGCUCGUCCGGAGGGAAAAUGAGUAUGGGACCCCAUCAUUACGUGCCGUCCAUCCCGGUCAAUAUCAACACAACCCAGCCCCAUUAUAAUUCACUGCCACGUAUGGGAGUAAGCAAGCUGCACGUGUCGCAACUCAGCGAAACUCUGCACAUCGACACGCACUCGGAACCGAUCCCAUACCGGGCGUUGUACAACUACAAACCGCAGAACGACGACGAGCUGGAGCUAAAAGAGGGCGACACGGUGUACGUGAUGGAGAAGUGCGACGAUGGAUGGUACGUCGGCUCCAGCCAGAGGACCGGCUACUUCGGCACCUUCCCAGGCAACUACGUCGAGAGAUUGUGAGGAAGACCGACAGGAAUCCAGGACCUGAACGCCACGCGGCGCGUCAGAACUCAGAAACAAUUUUCACCAAAGCAUCAAAGGCGGAAUCGUUAGGAUAAACAUACCGAUUUUUCAACGUUUAACCCGAUUGUCUCUCUAGCAAUACGAUCGCGAAGAUUUUUACAAAUUACGAUCAGUAAGGCUUCUGUUGAAGCGACUUCUGAGGACUUUUUUUUUUUUUUGCGAAAGUAAAGAAUGAUUAUCUAGCACGUAUAAUUAAUACAAUGCCUGUAGUUUUUACAGUGUAUUAUGAUCUGCAGAUAAUAAUUAUGAUUGUUACUUUCUUUAUUGCACGUGCGCACGCGUUUGCGGUUUUAACGAUUUUGACGUACGAAGAUUUUUAACGCUCGAUAUUUUUUGUAAUUUACAAAUGGUAAUUGAAUUUUUACAUACAAUUUACAAUUUUGUAAUUUACAAAUUGUAAUUGAAUUUUUAUUAUUCUCGUGAAACGAAUUAAUAUGUGAAAUGGAAAUUUAUAUUUCCAAAGGUACUAUCUGCUGAAUCUCUUUCUCUAGUUCUUGGUAUUCCUUGAUUUUAUUCAUUGUUUGAACAUUAAUGUAAUUUCAUAUACAUAUACAUAACUCGUGAAAUGUUACUGAUACAACGAACGGGACUUCUGAUUAAAUUCACGCGACUAGCCACGUCGCAGAACACGGAAGUACUUUUCGAGUUCGAUGAACGUGAUUAAAAGGUUUCGUGCAACGUCAAAUGAUUCUUAUUCUUAUCGGUUCUGAACGAUGAAUAAUUCGAUAGGCGAAAGGGUUAAGCGUCCACAGCGGGAAGCGGAAAACGUUACAAGAGUCUUCCUUUUUUGGGUCUAACGACGAUGUUAAUCUAUAACGCAGCUAGAAUAAAUAUUAGAACUGUCAGUGUUUGCGGCGAGACGUAACGGAGUUCUCGUGCGAUCAAAAUUAUUAUCGCCAUAUUGGUAAACAUCCAAGAUGUCAGUAUCUUAUCAGUACACAUCAGUUCCUCGAUGUAUACUUCAGUCUAAUAUAAUAUCGAUCAUCCUUACGAUAGUAUAUUCAAAGUCGAUUCAAAAAUACUGGAAGUAAUCACUGAUCGUAUCGAGAUCCUCUUUGGCGUCGGAUUUACCAAAACAUUUAGUAAAAUAGUCCGCUAGAAUUACGCGAGUUUGUAAGUAGAGUUUGUAAGUAAUGUACGAUAACAAUUAGUAACUUAUUGUUACUGCUGUUCCUGGCGGCUGCUAACUCGAUCCAGGAAAGUGUUGAAAA